GGGCUCUCAGGGAUGAUCUUGUUUAACGUUUCUUCACAUACCCAUCGCUCUACGGGAAUUUCCUUCAGGGAUGACAAUCUCAGUUGGCAUUGCUUCAAGUUGCCAUCCCUUCAUGUGAAUUUUCAGGGAUUACCUCAGUUAACUUUCCUUAACAUAGCCCUAGCUCGAAUGCUGGUCCGCAAGGUAAAUCUCUGAGUCAUCAUCUAGCCUAUAGCUUUAGCAAAUUACCGACUAUGACACCCCUUCGAGUGUAGAUGUAUAGCUGCUACUGGCUGUACGGUAUCCGGACUUGUGCAGGGAGUAGCUUUACCUAAGGCACACGAAAACCUAACCUAAUACAAGAACAGUCGCUAGAGGGCACGUUGUCUUCUUUUCAUGCUUGCAAUACAUCUUAUUUUUCCACUUCUCUCAUAAAACCAAUAUAAUAAGUAGGAGAAGAGCUUAAAGGAGAACGGAAAAUCACAUCUUUCGGAUCCCCUCGCCUACAAUGAGAUUCCUCUGCUUACCCGGCGCCUACGGGAGUGCCAAGAACUUCGGCGUCCAGCUUGGUCCCUUCUCCAAGCACAUGGAGGAUAGGGGUUUGGCGACAUUCGCAUUCAGUCAAGGAGAGCACGAGGUCGAGCCGCCGCUUGGGUGGGAGAAUUAUUUCGGGUCGCGGCCGCUAUACCGGUUUAUCGACUCUUCUGAGGGCGAUGCCUUCGCGGCUAUCCGCAGAGUCAGGCAUAUCCCACGUGGUCUCAGCCCGGAGGACACAUUACGGCUGUUCAGCAAAAACGAUGAGCCCUUGGGUUUCAGAUGGCAGACCUUCCGCGAGGCGCUGGACCGCUUAUUCAAGACUAUUGAUGAGGAUCCAGAGAUUGACGGCUUGAUAGGCUAUUCGGAAGGCGCCAUGAUGGCUGCGUCGAUCUGCGCGGAGGAGAAUAGGAGAUGGGAAGAAAAAGGGGUUCCAAGACGUAUCAAGUUCGCCAUAUUUUUCGCCGGCUCACCACCCCUGGUCUCCGAAGGUGACGGCUUCGUCGCCAAGCUAGCGGAUGAGCACGGGAUCUCGAUCAACAUCCCUACCUUCCACGUAUUCGGGUCCAACGACCCUCUCGUGUACUCUUCCGUCGCGCUGUACAACUCGUGCAACCAGGACACGGCGCAGCUGUACGACCACGGCCUAGGCCACCUGGUCCCCCGCGACGCCGACAACGUCGAGCAGCUGGGCGACACGCUGUCCGACGUCAUCACCAAGAUCAACAAGACCGGGGAAUCGGAGGGUCGCAGCAACGGAAAGAGGGUCUCCCGGUCCGGCUCGGGCGCAGAGACACCAGUUAGCGUGUUCACCGCCGACGAAUACAACACGAGCUCGUCCGCGGGAUCCGCCGCCUCCUCGGCCGGGUCUACGGCCGAGUCGGAUUUAGAUUCCCGGUCAAGCCACGGCGUCGAGGUCGAUGGGAUCGCUAAGAUCCAAGUAAAGUGAAGUUUAGGUAUCUAGGUACCUACCUAGGUACAAUACAUAUUUAGAAAAACACAAGCCUAUCUAGGUACCUAGUAGUAGUACCUAGCUACCUAGGCAUAGCCGAUAUGAAGAUUUAGCACGGGGCAUAUUUUGUUAAAUUGGUUUCUUACAUUUUUCGUUGGUUUUUUUAUGGUCGCUGGUGCUCUUUAUUUCCGAUAUUCCGAUGUGGCUUGUUUAUAUGUACGUCAGGACUUUUUUAGUUAGAAAUUUUCGAUGUUCAUUUUUUUCUCCUGCUUUUCUUCUUCGGACAUCCGGUUUAAUGAGGAGCUGUCUCUUGAAGUACGGUUACCUACCUACCUCCUUAGGUUUACCUAUUGAAUAUAUAUACAUAUACAGGACCAGAGCAGAUGGUUUAGCUUACGAGGUGUUUCGUUUAUAGUCUUCCACCAUAUACUAGAAAUACCUAGGUUAGCUAUUGACAUUUCUUUUACUGUCGACGAAUCAUGAUCUUCUCGUAUCAUGCCGUCUUUAACCCCGAGACAUAUACUGUACGG